AUGGUCACCAAUACAUCAACAACAAAUAACAACAAUCAUUCAAACAACAAUGACGAAUUCGAUAUCGAUCAGGAUGAUGGUUUACAGGACUUGGGGUUACCGGUAUCGGUACAAACUUUCCUAUGGCAACAAAUUGCCCCGUUUAUAAGGCCAAAACUAGGAAAGUUACACGAAGCCAGUUGUAUGUCCUUUGAAAAGGUCGUGGUUCUGAAUAUACAAUUUGGUCUAUCACCUUCUCUGACGGAUGGGCUGGCUGCCAUACCACGAUGGCGUCUGCUGCAAGCUGCCCUGCCCCAUGUCAUGCAUUGUGUAUCGGCCUUGCUACAUAAUCGCGUCAAGGAUAUGCAGGCAAUAGGACAAAUUGAAACGACUUUGUUAUAUGCCAUGCAAUGGAUUUUACUCUAUGCAGCAGAGGAAUGUGCUGGCGAUGAAGGUGGUCUAGGAGGUGGUGGUAUGGUCACUGAUGGUGACACAAAGGGAAAAUCAAUGGAACAAUAUUUAUUUUCGGUGCCCACAAUUACGCUUUUUGUCUAUUUAUUUGCUCCCAUUAUCCACCACUUGAAGGAGUCAGAUUUCCAAAAUUGCCGUUUGGAAAAUGGCAUUAAAUUAUGGCAAGGCAUGUGGGAUAAUCGUGCCCCGGGAGCUCCUUGUUUUACAGCUCCAGUAAAGCCUAAGGCACGUAACCUACUGUGUGCUCCCACACCAAAAGGAUCAACAGAUGUUUUUACAGGAAGAAAACAAUCCCUCAGCGUAGAUGCCAUGUCUCCCAAAGUCGACUCACCACAAAGUGUGGGAUCCGAUCACACAACGCGUCAGGAUGAGGAGAGCUCUUGGGUGUCAUCGCCCAAGGAAUUUUUCCCCGAAACCAUACCCGAAGAAGCAUCCAGUGUUGAAGAUGAACGUGUUGUUAUUUUUCGUUUACCUUCUGCUUCCCAUUUAAUGGACAAUUCGUUUUUUACUGCCGAUGCUAGCCUGCUGACCCAACAACAACCACAAAGUCGUCGCGGCAGUCGCCAGUCCAUACAUUCAAGGGAUAAGGAUAAGCCGUCGACGAAAUUUGAAUUCGAUCAGCAGGAGUUGAUGCGUGGAGCUUCCAUGAAGGAGAAACGUAGUGCCUCCGUGGAAAGGGAGACGGAAUCGGAUAAAUCGGAAAGUAUAAAUGCUGAUGUGUCGGCGGCAACAUUUUUGGAUGUGGGAGUUAUGCGUUGCUUGUUCAUAUCACAUUGGCAGGAGGAGGGUAUCUUUUGGAGUCUUCAGUAUUUGUAUAAUAGGCUAAGCGAAAUUGGCGAAGAAGCUGCCAUUUCCAUAAACCAGCCACGAAAACGUUCCAAUUCCUUGCCCAUACCACACAUCGAAAUUUCCCUCUAUCAGGGACCGAAUAGUAAUAAUCGUGAUAGCCCUGGAAGUUCCGUAAAUAAAGAUUAUAUUGAAAUACCCGAACCAUCUAUCACAGCAUGCUUAGCGGAAGAAGCCUCACCGACUGCGGAACGACGUGGCAGCGAAAAAAAGAAACGUGUCAAAAUGUCCGAUCUGCGGGCAUUUGUCGAAACGAAAAUGUUUUCGAAAUCGGAAAAGAAUUUGGAAAAAGUAGGCCUUGAUACAGGUUCAGCCAAUGGCAAGAGACCACUGCAACAUGCAGAAUACCACCGGAGUUUGGAUACUGGUGAAAAGAAGCUGUCACGUUCGGCAUCAAUGAUUUCCAGAGAACCGGCUAGUAAUUUGAUCAAGGGCAAAUCAAUGCCUAGUUUAAGAUUUUACAGAUAUGUUGAACCGCCCAAAGUUAUGAGAUCUUCACAAUCAUCGGGUCAGAGGACGACAUUUUAUCCACGAAAUCCCAUUAUCACGGUGACGGAACAUACACCAACACCAUCACCGGAUUAUAUGAAGAGACAGGGCUCCAUUGACUCCCAAUUGGAUGCCAUGAGCAGUGGUGGUAGCAUUGGUGGCGGUAUGCAAGGGGCCAAUGGUUACAAUGGAAGCAUGGCUGGGUUGUCUACCAGUAAUGUUGGUUCCCGUUUUCGUGGCCAUAUGUUACGUUCUAAUACCGAUUCUCAUAUUGAUUAUACCGGGGUGGAUGAAUCGGAGGCACCGGGUUCAUCGUUCUAUAUUACCCGUGAUGGAGGCAUUGACUAUGAAAUUGUUUUACUGGCAGUAUUGAAUGUCUUUAAACGCGAUUUGACCGUAGUAUCGUUGAGGGUACUGGAAUCUGGUCUUAAUAUAUGUGAACUCCUAUUGGAAAUGGGUGUCCUCAAAUUGGGUGAACAUGCCCAUGAAAUAUCUAUGGGAAUCAUCAGGAGAGCCCUGCAAGUUCUGGGCUGCCCGAAUGGCUGUAAUGAUGGUGUUCGUGGACCUCCUGCCGAUUUUCUGCGCAGUCAGUGUCAAAAGAUCCUCUCACGUCUGCUGCGCCAUGCAAGCCAACGAACCAAGAAGUAUCUCCAGGAAAUGGUAAAAAAUUCCGGUCUACAAGAGCUGGUGGACUUUUUUCAUGCUUUUUGUGCAUUUUGUGUGGAUCCAAGUUCCCUAUUAUCACCGCUAAGCGGUCAAGGCGGAUAUUCGACAAAUUUCAGUGGCGGCUUAAGUGGUGGCCCGGAGGCUCAAGUUAUUGCUGCAGUUUUUAAACCAUUGGUAACACGAUUUGUAAAUGCCUCGAAAGAGUUGAAGUCGGUGGAAAAUACCAGUCUCUAUAGUGAUGUUCGCCAGUUUAUAACCUAUGUCAAGGGAGCCCAUGGUGGACCAUUCCGUUUGGUGGCCCUUAGUGGUAUAUUGGCGGUAACGCCAAGGCCACACAAGAAGGGGCCUGUAUCGCAGACUACCAGAGUUAUAAGGCACAUACCCCAGGCAGAGGUUGCCCAAAGUGUCCAAAACGAUGACAACCGCUCUCAGAGGCGUCUCUUACUGAAAAAGAGAAGCACCUCAUCCGCUUGUGCCAGCCUUCUCGAAACUGAACCCUGUGACGAACACUACAAAACCAGUCAAUCGCCGUUGAGCAACUUCCGACGACGCACGACUGGUAUACGACCCACCCUAACACCACGCCAUAGUGAACGACAACUACUCUCAGACUCAACCUCAAGUUCGGAGAGAAAUUCUCUUGGACGCUUGAGUGGUUUGGUACGUUGGUUCAAGGGUACCCCAAAAGAAGCUUCAUCCAUUGAUUUAGAAAUCGGUUCCCUGAAUCCUGAAAUGUCAACGACAUUUGUUAGACAUCCCUCGUUGAAAAUUCAACGGGGAAGGUCUAGUGAUGGCAUUGGCCGUUCCAUACAGAGAGCCAAGAGAAGAGUUGAACGUCGGCUAAAUCGUUUCGGUGGCAUUGUUAAGGGUAAAAAGAAACAGGGUGGCAUUGAAGAGACGGCGGAUUAUAGUAGACGUAGUUCAUCGGAUAUGUGUGAUGGUCCCAGAGAAUCGGAAGUUGUGGUACUGAAGGAACGUAAGCUAAUACCAUUGGAACCGGUUAGAAUUGGUAUGUUACGGCUGUCGUUUCUAUUGGAAACCUGUGCUCCCGGCUCAUUUCCGGAUCCUCAGUUGGUGGCGGCGGUUUUGGAUUUGCCCCAAGCGCCAUUGGUUACCCGAGCCACCUUCCUAUUGGAAUGUGCCCAUUUUGUGCAUCUGUGCAACAAGGGUCAAUGGCCCACCUGGAUGAAACAAAAUGUGGCUGGGUAUAGGCCCUCCGGAGCCAAUAUCAAUGCCAGUCAAAUAAAACAACAAAUGGGUACCACAAGUUCUCGGCGCACCCAUAUUCUGCAGAGAGCUGCCGGGAAAAUGUUCCAUCAGUGGGCUGAAAUGUUGGGCGCCCGUUUGGAAGAAAUACUCUUCACCGAACGCCUGCAGUAUGAGAAUGUCAAUGCCAGCCUUACGGAUCCCGAAAAACAGCGCGAACUUUUGCAACAAGACGAAGAAGAGGAUUUCCUAGAUGAGGCCUCCGUCAAUCCGCAUGGCAAUGAUUGUCCGCACGCCUUGAAGUUGAUCGCCUGCGUGUUGCUCUUUGAAAUCACCGCCUUUCUGCGGGAUAUUUAUGUUACGCUGCCGAAGGCAUCGAAAUUGCUGCACAAAGAUAAACCAGCACCCUGGGAAAAGGUAUACCGUGAAGCAAAUCGUCGUUGGUCAAUGGCUUUAAGUUCUAUGGGUCAUUCGCAGACAUCGGCACAGAGUCUACAAUCGAUUGCGGCCGGCAAUGAUGCAGCGGGUGGCCAGACAGAAAGGAAAAUAUCAUUUGUACUCCAUGAACCGGAUAAUGAAUCGGAGAAUAGCAGUAACACAACGUUGACCAAGGAGGGAGAGGAAGCUCGACGCCCACCAGCCUCUGCAGUGAGACCCUUCCUGUUACGGCGUGGUACCACCACCACAACUGGUGGAUCAUUUAAACGCCGCUCACUAAAACUACGACGCAACACCAAGGAUGGCAAAGAUAUGGAAACAGAUUUCAAGCGUGUCGAUUCGAUUCAGGCCAAACGUAAAGUAUCCUCCCUAUCUGAUCGCAGUGAUACCUCAGAACAGGGUAUUGCCAGCGGCGGAGAGGAUGAUCAUGGUUCACCGGGCAUAUUAAGUGAUGAUCAGCAACCGGAAUCACCAACCGAUUCAAAUGAGACAGAUGAAACAGCGAAGAAUAUGCCAUGGCUAAAGGCUGUCAUCGAUUUGAUUAGUAGCUAUAAUUUCUAUUGUCAACACAAGGGCUAUUGUCAUCCGUACUGUUAUAAGCGGCACAUGAGGGCCUGUACGCGAUUGGUCAAGGCAACAAGGAAG